GCGAUGCUGGACCCCUGGCCUCUCGUGUUUGGGCACUGCUGGCUCUCCUGUCUUCUCUUGUGUCAGGCAGAGCUCCAGAGGUCUUGCUCUCAGCACAGCAUACACAAAGGAGCAGAGGGCUGCCAGCUGCUGUGCUCCUGCAGUAUGUACCCUCCUGUACCUCCUCCACCUCCUCCUCCUCCUCCACCGCGAGCACUGACCGCUGCGGCUCCGGAGGCUUCUGCUCCUCUGCCAAGGCCCUGGUGGAUGGAGAUCAUCGUGCUUGGGAUGAUAGGAAGUGCUUUGGCUGUCUUUCUUCUGCUAACAGUCAUUAUCUGCUACAAGGCCAUAAGGAGGAAACCGAAGAAGAUGGAGAAGAAUGGUACAAAUUGUGGAGAAGAUGCCAUGAGCUCUUUUAAAAAGACCAACACUGCUACGGUGGGCACAAGGAGCGUGUGAAACCCAAAGGAAAUAUUUCCAGUUAAUCAUAAAGUCAAUGAGGUCGGAAUAAUGCAAAGCGAUCCAGAGCCCCUCCGGAUGCAAUUAGAAGGGACAGGGCUGCUGUGUUGAUCUGCAUCAGUGACAUUUGC